AAAAAUUUUUCUUGUAGUGUAGUAUCAACGAUCCAGUUACAUAUUUCGGAUGUCUCUUAUCAGCAUUUGUUUUGUUUAGGUAUUCUUUUUUUCGUGUUCAAUGUUCAUUUGUGUUCUUCCCCUUGAAAAAACCUUACAAGUUUUUCAUUCAGUAUUAAUUCAUCAACUUCAAUGAAAUAACGUUAGGAGAAAAAAUUAUUAGCGAAAUUUGGAUUGAAAUGGAGUCCAAUCGAGAACUAGAAAUUGGCGGAAUAACUUCUGACGUAUAUGAUAUUUUUCAUCCAACUCCAGUACCCCUGAAAGAACUUGCAGCGAUCGCCGUCAGCCUGGAAAUAUGGCGCUGUAAAACGAAUGAGUAUCGUGAUAAUCGCAAAUUGAAAGAGUUCAGUCCAUCCGGUGAACGCAUCAUAUUGAAAAAAAUUCUGCCUGAUUUACCAACCGUGAUUUAUGCAGCGAUCGAUAAAUACGUCAGAAGAUUUGGGCCUUCGAUGGAAAAUUGGCUAAAGAAGCACCAUGAUAGAAUAUUCUACUUUUAUUACGAUGACCACCAGAACUAUGUUUUGAAUUACUUCGAUAAUUUCGUAUGCGAUUAUACCGGCACUAUUGAUUAUGUGAGAACAGCCAGAUGCAUGAUGCAUUGUGAUCGAUUUGAUGAUAAUCAAAAAUUUGAGAUUGCUUGUACAUAUUUUUUCGAAGACGAUAUCAGUCGACUUUGGCCAUUGGUAUCGAAAAAUAUGGGCUUGAUUAAUGUUGAUUUUUCCAAAAGUCCGCAAUUGUAUUACUGGAUUUGUUGUCUCCGAAAUGAAUUAGAUAAGAUUCCAUCUAACGAAGUGAACGAGACUGUCGAUGAAGUGAUGUUGGAAGUAAACAUGCCUCAAAAUGGACCAUCGUUGCAAUAUUUUUGGAGUCGUAUACCACUGCAAAAUCGAAUGCGAAAAGCUUUCGGUAUUUUUAUCCGUGAUAGCUUGUCUUUUGCUCGGUUCAUUUUACCAAAGCUAAAUGAUCAACAGCUCGAAGAAUUUGUAAAUGAAAAAAGUCACGAACUGAUACGUACUCUGUUUAAGAAUGUUUGGUACGAUAAAGAAUUAAUUUGGCCAGCCUGGAUGUACAUUAGGAAAGCCAUUAACGUAGAUGGGUUUACAAAACUGGUCGUGGAAAUGUUGCAAAAUGAGCUGCUGAUAUACCCUGUCAAGACCACUAUCGGUGAAGUUCUUGAUUCCAGAAUUUGGUCUGAUUUGUGUUGUGAAAUAUGGAUCAGUUCUGCGGAAAAUUUGAAACGUUCGGCUGUUGUAGAGAUUACAUCUAAUAAGAGGUUGUUUAGUAACUUGAGAUGUCGUGUUUAUGUUGUUCCAGCACUUCCUAAAGAAUUCGAAUUCUUAUGGACUUUUCUAUCGGAUGCCACUUCUGCGGAUAGACGUAGAUUUUGGUUUGAUUACUGGCAGAUUUUGUUGGAAAACGUGCGAUUCGAAGAUUUGGCCAAAAUAAUGAAACUGUGUUUUGAAAACGAAGUUGAGAUUGCACAAUUCAAAGAGAACGUCAUGGCCAAUAGCGGUAGUGUCCGUUUCUUUUGUAGAAUGUUACUGAUUGAAAUGUGUUUGGACGAAUUGAAUGAAUUUGCCAAUUUCUUAUUUCUGGAAGUGCAAGCAGCUAGAAAUUUCAAACAACAAGUGUUGCAUUCAGCUUAUCUCGGCAGAGAAAAUGAUUUUAAUGGUGCGGUUAUGCGUAAUGCAAAAGAAUUUAAUAAAUUCAUCGAAGAUGCUUUUGCCAAUAUUUUUCGAUCUGCGGACUUCAAAAAUCGACUCACGUCGUCACCCGAAAUACAAAGAAAAAUUGGCCAGGUUGCUGUUUCUUCCGUACCUUUUGGGCAGCUAGUCGAGUUCAUUAGCACAUUCGUUUCGGCAGAAAAAACCCUACUGGAGAUAAAAGCGCGUAUAAUUGAUGCAUUGAAAGAAAAAGCAGCUUAUUGUAAAUCGUCGAGGUGCAAAUUUUAUCACACUCCGCUUUUAUCAUGGUGUUUGGGUAGCCAGAAGGAAGUUACCAAAUUCAAGGAGAAUUAUUUAUGAUCCUUCAAAGUCAUUUCUCCUUGAAAUGAGUAUUAAGUAUAUGUUUGUAAUGUUUUUCCUCCACCCCCAAUUGCAUUGUUAGUGUUGUAAAUUUUUAUUUCGCUGGGUCAACUAUUUUUGAAUUUUUUUUCGAAUUGUAGUGCUUGGUUGUUGUUUUCCAUUUUACCGUGAUUAUUAUAAGUGUUCACAAAUGUAUUUAAAUGGAAACUUUUUUUUAAAUGAUUUGUGUGAUAUUUUAUUGCAAUUAUCUAUUGCGUUUUUAGUUUUUCUAAUUUUAUGCAACAUUAUGCGUGAAAAAUUCAAAUUAUCGAUAUUAUUCUAUAAUCUGCAAUACACUAAAAUUCACCAUUA